AUGAAGAACAACUUUGGUAAAAACUCAAAAAAUCUUUGUACUUAUUUUCCCAACAAAUUCAACUUCAACUUCAAUGGUUUCUUGCCUCGUUCUCUAUCCUUCCAAUUCAACCAUUUUUUCAUUCACCUCUUUUAUUACAUUAUCCUUUCUCUCUUUGGUUACUUGGGUCUCAAGUUUUCAAAGCCAAGGUCUUCUGUUAGACAAAAAGACUUUGAUCUAUUUUACACUUCGGUUUCUGCUUCCACUGUUUCUAGCAUGACAUCCAUAGAAAUGGAAGUUUUCUCCAAUUCACAACUCAUUCUUCUUACCUUUCUUAUGUUAGUAGGUGGUGAAGUUUUUACUUCCAUGCUUCAACUUUUUCUUAAUAUGUUCAAUUUCAACAAAAAUCAAUGUCUCAAUGGUGAAUGUAGUAGGAGUAACUAUCCUCCAAUUAAGAUUAAUCAAAUUGAACUUGGUUUAGUUUCUAUUCCUCAGUCAGAAAACCACUCUGAUAACAAUAAUAAUAACAUUAAUAAAGACAAAAUUAAGUAUAAUUCUCUUAGGUAUCUAUGUUAUAUAGUUUUGGCUUACCUUAUAAUUGUUCAUUUUUUUGGUUUUAGUUUGGUGACUUUGUACAUAACCAAUGUACCAUGGCCAAGUGCUAAAAAUGUACUUAAAAACAAAGGCAUCAAGAUAGAAACAUUUUCUUUAUUUACCAUAGUUUCAACAUUUGCAACAUGUGGUUAUGUACCAACCAAUGAGAACAUGAUAGUUUUCAAGAAGAAUUCAGGACUUCUUCUUCUUAUUCUUCCACAUGUACUUUUAGGUAAUACCCUUUACCCUCCAUGUUUGAGGCUUUUCAUAAAGGUUCUGAAAAGUGUUAAUAAAAGAGAGGAAUUCUCUUACUUGUUGAAGAAUUCAAAGGAAAUGGGUUAUGACCAUUUGCUCUCUUCUCUUCAUUGUUGGCUCCUUCUUGUCACUGUCUUUGGUUUCAAUGUGAUACAAUUUGUAUUGUUUUGUUCCAUGGAAUGGAGUUCCAAUAUUAUGGAGGAUCUUAAUCUAUAUGAGAAAGUGGUUGCAACUUUGUUUCAAGUUUCAAAUGCUAGACAUUCUGGUGAAUCUGUUUUUGAUCUCUCUACCAUCUCCUCAGCCAUAUUGGUGAUGUUCAUGUUCGUUGUCAUGAUGUAUCUCCCACCAUAUACAACAUUUUUACCUAUAAUAAGGGACCACAAAGUUAAUGAUGUGAAGAGAUCAGAGCAAAAAAGCUUAGUGGAGUGUCUUGUUCUUGUAUUCUCUCAGCUAUCUUAUUUGGUUAUUUUCAUUAUUCUCAUUUGCAUCACUGAGAGACAAAGCUUGAAAGAGGAUCCCUUUAACUUCAACGUCUUGAAUAUCACACUAGAAGUCAUCAGUGCUUAUGGGAACGUAGGGUUUUCAACAGGAUAUAGUUGUUCAAGGCAAUUGAAACAUGAUUUAAUGUGCAAAGAUUCAUGGAUUGGAUUUUCUGGUAGGUGGAGUGCAAAAGGGAAGUUUAUCCUUAUUUUGGUAAUGUUCUUUGGGAUGCUCAAGAAAUUCAAUAUGAAUGGUGGCAAAGCAUGGAACUUGUCCUAG